AUGGGUGCCACAAGUGUAACAGGUUCUGCUUACCCUUCCGGAGCAACAGAGAUGAUCCCUGUUAUAACUUGUACCUCACCACCUUCGAUCAUCAACGCAGUAACAGACACCACUGUUGUUAAAUCUCCAGGACAGAUGAUAACUUAUACGUGUGACUUCGGUUACGAGUUACCAGGUGGACAGACGAGUUGGACCAGAGAGUGUGGAGUCGAUGGAAAUUGGACAACGGAUAGUUACGUUUGUGUUGUUAUAACCUGUACCUCACCACCUACGAUCAUCAACGCAGAAACAGACACCACGGUUGUUAAAUCUCCAGGAGGGAUGAUAACUUAUUCGUGUGACUUUGGUUACGAGUUACCAGGUGGACAGACGAGUUGGACCAGAGAGUGUGGAGUCGAUGGAAAUUGGACAACGGAUAUUAACGUUUGUGUUGUGAAACAGUGUAUAACACCACCUGCUAUCAGUAACUCUAAUCACAACACCAUUGCUGUUAUUUAUCCCGGGGAAAAGAUAACAUACACCUGUGACACCGGCUUUUACACGUCAAAUGGACAAACAGUUUGGAUGCGAUUUUGUGAAUGGGGAGGAACAUGGGCAUUGGAUACUAAUAGUUGUUCAGUUCCUGUAGUGACAGAAGAUGCCACAACUAUGAGUGUCACAACCGCUCCGCCGGUAGGUGGAUGUUCUUGCAACAUAGCUGAAGUUCCGAAUACAAGUCCUAGCAUUCAGACAUUUUCAUCCUUCAAAGUAGAAGUAAAAACGACGAGCGCAUACCGACGCAGCCUUGUUUCAGCACCUGACGACCGGGUAUCGUCUGCUGUCAUUGGUUACAUGGGUGUAUUCAUAUUAUGUCUUGUACUAGCAGUUCCUCUACUGUUCGAUGUUUUGAACAUUUUUAGUAAGGAAUAA